AAACCCACCAGAAGAAGAACGCAGAAGGGGGCAGGCAGCUGGUGACAGCCGAACCGCUCCCCCCAGUAGUCAAUACACCGAAUCAACCGAAGACAUUAUCGGACAGUUCCGUGUAGAUACAGUAGUACCGUUUACUCUUCACCGGAGUCACGUUUUUCAACUUGGAGACGAUUAGUUGUUUGGCACCUUGGAUUGGUUAAGAAACGAUUGUGCUGAUGGAGGAUGAUGGCAAACUGAGAGAAAGCUGUUGCUUCGAGUUUUAGCAUAAGUAACGUUUACGUUAGCUUCGUAUCUAGCAAGCAAAAACUAGGUAACCACAGUGUUUACCGACGCGGUAUCGACAAAACGCCAGGUGGUCGGGCAUUCAGUAAAGAUGGGUGACAUAAACCCAUCGACAUCCCAUGCAUUUGAGUCGGAGGGUUUCAGCCCGCCAUACAGGAGGAGGACAGUGGAGGAUUUUAACAAGUUUUGCACUUUCGUCUUGGCAUAUGCUGGUUACAUCCCAUACCCACAAGAGGACUCUCCACUGCGCAGUAGUUCCAGUCCUCCCAACAGUACAGGCAGCACAGCUGACAGUGAUGGCUGGACCCCGGGACCCCCAACCUCCUGCCCCCAGCGCCCUCCCAAGGUCCCCCAGGACAGGAUCAGGAAACGUCCACAGCCAGGAGCCACACUGUCCGUUCACACCAAGAAAGACCACACAAUCCCAACCCUGCACCCAGAUGACCGCAGAAAAGCUGACAAGCUGAAGAAGAAGAAAAAGCGAAAGGAGAGGGAGCAUGGGUCCGGUGAGGAGAGCGGGGUCCAGCAAGCCCACCCAACGUUUCCAGGGCUGCAGUUCCCCACCUCCUUUGGUGGCCGAAUGAUCAAAGAGGAGCCUGAAGAUGAUUUCAGCAUCCCCCUCACCCCCCAGCGCCUGCCUAGCUCUGCCCCCUGCAAGGAGGAGCCCGAUGAGGAUCGUCAAAAUUGGGGUCAUGAAGACCUUGAAGAAGGGAUGGUUAAGGUACAAAAGUUGGAGGGCCUCGCAGGAAAGAGGAAGGUUUUCCGCCAGGGUAAACAGGUGGUGUUCAGAGACGAAGACGGAUCAGGAGAGGACGAGGACAUCAUGGUGGACUCUGAUGACGACUCGUGGGACCUGGUGACAUGUUUCUGCAUGAAGCCUUUCGCAGGCCGGGCCAUGAUCGAGUGUAACCAGUGUAACACCUGGAUCCACCUGUCCUGUGCUAAAAUCCGCAAAAGCCACGUGCCAGAGACAUAUGUGUGCCAGAGCUGCCGAGAGUCACUCGGAACCGCGGACGCCCGCAGAUCCCACCGCUCGCGCAUAGGCCCGCGCAAGCAUCUGCUGGACUGAUCCCAGGUCCAACCCCGAACUCUAACCCCUUCCACUCCUGCCUCCACGCCACCUGCUGGACUGACCCUUCCUCAAAUUCAGGUCUUGCAACCGUCAGUCUCUGUCAUUCAUGCCCAGCCAUGAAGCCCACAUUUUCUAUACACACUUUGGUGGACCUAUCCCAAGGCCUUAUCCCUUUUUGAAAACAGUUUGAUUUUAGAUUUACUAAGGUUUGUUCCUGCAUCCCUACAGACUGUGCGAUAGGCAAUCACUGAAUGGCUGUCCGUCUGUAGAGGACAUUAGGGUAGUGACAAACCUCUGCUGUUGGGACUCAGUGUCUCGUGAACACUGGAAACACAUGAACUGCCAUAUAGAGAGAAAACCCUCACAACUGCCACCCACUCUGGUGCAUGCUGGGAUUUGUUAUGACCAUUCUGUCAUAAGGACAAGAAGGUCUUUCUGAUUAAACUGGAUUUGUCUUCUUUUAGAUGACUCUAUAAAUGUUACAUAAUUAACCGUAAAAACAAGUCAAGCCUUGUGCUAACUGCUUCAGACGGUGCUAUAGUAUUACGCUGAGGUAUAAUCCACUAGAACAAAGACGUAGGAUUGGUUUUUUAAUAUCAAACAUUGUGAAAGAAUAUCAUUGAGGCUUGAAGUCCUAAACCGAACCAAGCGUUUGUUCCUCUCCCUUCUUUUUCACAAUCUGUCUUCCAGCCUCUCAAUUAAGACGUUCCUUGGCCAUACACAAAAUUCUCACACAGUUUUCUUUUCAAAAGUGUUUAAACACCAGAAUCCUGUUCAGAUUAACUGUUUUUUUUCCGAUGUUCAAUAACUUCUUUUAUAUAUAAAACUGGCAAGAUUCAGACGGCAGAGUUUUCUGUAAAGGUAUUUUCUUUUGGAUCCCCUCUGAGUUUUUGCUACAUUCAAUGACAGGUUAGAACAGUGGUCUUGUUCUUAACUACUUUUAUUUUCCAAAGCAUUGUUUGAAUUCACCUCUUUCAUGUCUUCUGUUUUCAUGCUCAUGACAGCGUUUCAGAGACAAGCAUAUUUAUAGAAGGGAACUCCUAUGGCCGUCCUGUUAAAGUAUCAACAGAAAAUAAAGCUAUUGUAACUGGAAUAGUGUUGUUAGAAAGAGUCCAGGUGAAAUUAUGCAUGAGUGUGUUUGUUUGAAAGGAUGACAGUGUGAGGGUGUUGGCAAAGCAUGUGCUGCUAUGGCUCAACGAAGCUUCAUGGUUUCAAUCUUUUGUAAGAAAUGGAAAUCUGCAAAGAACCAUGGGCAGGGUCGGUUUGUUUUGUUCGUCUCUGAAGGUCAGAUCAGGUGAACAGAUUUAGUCUCUUAUCACCUCUCACUAAUGUUUUCACAGCAGUAUUCACUUGAUUCCACUUCCAGCAGUUUAAGUGGGAAAAAAAUGCUUUAAAUUGUGGCAAUUUUUCCCUAAAAAUACCUGGAAAUGUUGGUUUUUAAGCUUCGUUAUUCAUGUGCCAUCUGCUGUUUUUUCUGAUAAAGUAUAAAGCCAUACUGUAGUGACAGAUUUUAGACUCAGAACCUUUUAUAUAAGUCCAGGAUGGGAUUUUACAAUGCAGAAUCAGUGACUGGGCAAUGACUAACAUACACAAUGAAUGUUUGAUAUGUAAAGAAUACAGGACUUUCUAAAAGUUUGAAGUAGUUAAGCUUAUCUCUGCACCCUUGUCUUCUGGUAUUUACAAAUGUUGGUUAACUGGUUUCUAUCUAGCCCUUGCCAGAUCAUAACAAAUAUCAGGUUUUGAUGUUUUUAGGGAGUUUUCCAGACAUAAAAAGCCGUUUCUCAGGACGUCCAUGUCAUGAAAAGAACCUAAAGAGACAUCUUUGGGCACAAAAUUCUAAUUUGAGUUAGCCUUUUAAAACAUCAGUGUACUUAAUGUUAGCUCAUUGUGAUACAGCUCGUUUAAUUCAGACUUUGGGUUGUCGUAUCCCCUUAUUGAGAAAGCGUUGUCUGUACUGUGGUGCAAACUGUUUCUGUGAAACUAUUGUAAACUAUUGUAAAUAAAGAGUUACCAUUUUA